AUGAUUGAUAUAAGAGUAGGUGGAAAAUACCGACUAGGCAAAAAAAUUGGUGGUGGCUCAUUUGGAGAAAUAUAUCUGGGCACAAACAUUCAAACAAAUGAAGAAGUUGCUAUAAAACUAGAAAGCCUUAGCAGCAAACAUCCUCAGUUAAUUUGGGAAAGUAAAACGCUAAAAAUGAUUCAAGGAUCACCAGGCAUACCAUUGAUAUUUUGGUCAGGGGUUGAAGGGACUUAUAACGUGAUGGUGAUGGAGCUGUUAGGCCCAAGUCUCGAAGAUAUGUUUAACUUAUACAAAAAGAAAUUCACACUAAAAACUGUUCUUAUGAUAGCUGAACAGAUGCUAUUUCGAAUUGAGUAUUUGCAUUCGAAAAAUUUUAUUCAUCGAGAUGUUAAGCCUGAUAACUUUUUGAUUGGGCUGGGAAGCCGUAGCAAUAUAAUAUUUUUAAUCUUAUUGAGUCAGUAAAGAUCAAUUGCAGUGUAUUUCUGUUAUUAAAUUAUAUAUAUUAUAGAAAAUUUAGUAUAAACACAAUUUUAGGGAUCUUUAAUUAUGUAGAUAAUUGAUUUUGGGCUUUCAAAAAAGUACAGAGACCAAAAAACAUCAAGACAUAUCCCGUAUAAUGAAAAUCGAAGCCUAACUGGCACAGCCAGAUAUGCUUCAGUAAAUUCACAUAUGGGGAUAGAACAAAGUCGAAGAGAUGAUCUAGAGAGCAUUGGAUAUGUAAUAAUAUACCUACUAACUUCCCAUCUAAACAUUUUGUUCUUUAUUAAUUGAGGUAUAGGUUGAAAUUUUAUUAUCUAUUGUUAUAAAUAUUUUAAAAAAGAUUAUUUCAAGAAAUGCGUAUUAAGAAUUAUGUGAUUUCAAAAAUUUAUGGCUAAUAAAAUUACCCAAAAAAUCAAAGAAUUAUAUAAAAUAUCUUAUUAAAACCACUAAUAAUUUAUUAAUAAGCAUUAAUUAAGAUAUAACUAUAAUUUUUUAAAAAACUUUUUCAUGCAGUUUAAAAAGAUUCUAUAACUUAUUGAAAUCUAAAAGAAUUUAAAUUGAAAGAACGAUCAAAACAGAAUAACAUGUAUGUCUAUUUAGAAGUGCUUGAAGAAUUAUAGUCACCAUAAUUGUAGAAAUUGCUUAUAGAGAUAUAAAUAUUUAAUAGUAAAUUUGUUCGCUAAUAAACUGUUGAGCUAAAAAAUCGACUGUUUUGUCCUUUAUCAUAUAGGCGGAGUAAAAGGCUCUCUUCCAUGGCAAGGAGUGGCAGCACAAGCUAAGCAAGACAAAUACAAGAAAAUAAUGGAACGAAAAAUGAACACCCCAAUCGAGUCUCUUUGUAGAGGGUGUCCUCCAGAGCUUGCUAUGUACAUUCAAUACUGUAAAGGGCUUAAGUUCGAAGACAGGCCUGACUACACCUAUUUAAGACGAAUUCUAAAAGAAGCAUUUGCCAGAGAAGGAUUCCAAAAUGAUUUAAUUUUCGAUUGAAAUAUGAGCAGUUUUCGAAGGGGAAGCCACCAUCGAUCAGUUAAAGAGGAAGAAGAUGUCAAGCUUCCUCCUUUAGACAGAGCAGCGAACCGUGAAGGCACCGCUAUAAGUAGAAACCAUUAUGCUGUGAAAAAGUCGUCAAGUCAAAAAAUCACUGAAAAAUCAAGGGAUUUAAAAAGACAGAAGACAAGGUGCGAAAUAUUUUAA